UUGUUCAUUUGGGUUCCUGCGUUAGCGUCUAGACACGCCGUAGCCCGUAGGUGCUUCUUCCUUCUCAGAAAUUACAGGUCGAGAAAACCCCUCCACCUCCAGAUCAAGUAUUAAUUUAAGAUCGCAAUAUUUCUGGUUUACUUGAUAGAAAUCACCAAAAUUUUGUCUCUAUUUUUCUCUAAUCUCCCUAAGAGAUCGUUGGUCAUGAUCUGAACUCCCCUCUCCAAGGAGUUUUCUGCGUCAUGGCUGUCCGUUUCAAAUUCAGGAGUUCCGUCGACUUCGAUUCCGUUGAUAUCGACGGACGCCCUUCCAUAUCAAUUCGAGACCUCAGGUCCAAGAUUUUGCAGAAGAAGAACUUGAAGAUUUGCGAAGAUUUUCAUCUCGAUAUCGCAGAUGCUGACACCGGUGAAGAAUACAAGGACGAGAGCUUUCUUGUUCCAAGUGGUUCGAGUGUAAUUAUUAAGAGAGUGCCCGCAGGAAGAUCGACGCCCUCAUCUUUGCCACCCAUUAGUUCAGUCAAGAAUUUGGUAACCAAGCAGACCAAUUUCGUUGUUAAGAUUGGACCUUCUUCAACGAAUAUUGAUAUGGAUAAUUUUGAUGAUUUUGGGGUCGAUUUGUGUCCUUCUCCGGAGGAACCCUCUUUGAGCUCUGAUUCUGAUGUUGAUAAGAUGAAUCAUGUUACCAGUGGAAAGGCAGAUAGUAAAGUUCCAAGGUGCAUUGAGCCAUCUGUUAUAAGAUUUCAGAACCCCGAACCAAGUGAUCUUAGUGAGGCUAGCCCAACAGGACCUAAUCAUCAUGAUGCUGAAGAGAACAAAUCACAGACAAAGUUAAAAUCUAAAGUUGAAGAACAAAAGAAAUUGGAUGGUGUGUUUAAUACUAGUUCUCCAGCAUUGCCAAAUACUGAUUUGCCAUCAGAAUUGAGAUGCUCUCUUUGUAAUACUAUCUUCAAAGAGGCUGUAAUGAUACCAUGCUGCCAGCAUAGUUUUUGUGACAAAUGUAUUCGCUUGGUGCUGAUUGAGAAGGCUAGGUGCCCCAAAUGCCUUUCUUCCAAAUGCAGGGUAGAGAAUUUGCUUCCAAAUGUGUCUCUUAGGCAGGCAAUUGAGCAUUUCCUUGAGUCUCAAAUACUGAUCAGUGGUUCUGACAAUAUUAUUCCUAAAUAUGCUCCAGAUGGAGAAUCUGCAAUUCAAGUGAAAGAAGCUUCUUGUGCUGUGUCUGUCCAACAAAGAGAACCAGUAUUGUCUCAUUCUCCCUCUGCAACAGGAAAAGGAUCAAAUCAAGUUAUGACAGAAUCUGCUGGUGAAUCACUGAUCAAAAACAACACAUCAACUUCUGGCACUGGCCGUAUCAUUUAUUUAGGUGCAGGUAAAUCUGUGAAAUCAGCUCCUUCAUCAAACAAGUUAAAACAAAUAAGUGGAGAAAGAGAUGCAACUGCUAGUCUUAUAGAGUUUAAAGGCAGACAUGAAAGCCUGAAAGUUGCUGUUGAUUUUCAAGGGGAGAAUCAGCCCCUCAAUUUGCCUCAAACUCUUAUGCAAAAGGAAGAAGCUAAUUUGACAAGCAAGAAAAAGAAGGGAAUGUGGAUUAAUACUGCAGAUGGCACUGGAAGUUUUAUGGCAACAAGUAGACAUAGAAAGCAGGGGGACCGUACCUGUUACAUGUGUGGUUCUCCAGACCAUUUCAUAAGAGACUGUCCAGCAGCAUCUAGUCCACAUCCUAUGCUUCAGACAGGGGAUGCUGUGUUCCCCGGAGGCAUGCCAGCUUAUGGACCAUCUUACUGGCAUGGGUCUCCAUUGACACAUGUUAGGCCUUAUGCGAAUAUAUAUGGUGCCCCUGGGAUGAUGCCCUUUGAUCCCACCAUGGUCCCAGUUACACCAUUUGCAGUCCCUUCUUAUAUGCCAUCUCUAUAUGCUGGCUUGCCAGUUCCCUGUGGGCUUAUGAGGAUGGGGGGUUUGGUGCCUCCAGUGGUAACUGGUGCGGAGCGCCCUCUAAGCCGUGCAGAGUUUAUGGAACUUGGGGAUUGCGAACAGAAAAACAAGCUUGCAAAUGAACGUCAGCAAAGACAACAAUCAAAUGAUAGUGAUGAUUUGGAUGAACGGUACCGCUACAAUGAACUGGAGAGAUCACAUGACUGCAAGCCUCGGUUAGAGAGGGAAGACAUUGGAAGCUACUCUGAGGAUACUGUCAUUCGAAGGUCACUAAAGAAGCACACAUCUGAUAAAUGCCUAGAUGAAGACAUCCACUCAGUUGAUUGGAGACAUGAGAAGGGUUCUCGUUCUUCAACUACUGGAAGAGACCGCAGGCCAUAUUAUUCUGAUAGGUCAAGUUCAGAAAUACAGGAUAUCUCUGAUAACUCAAACCAGCAUAGUAAAAAGAGGUAUAAACACCAUAGAGGAGGUUCUAGGAAGCAUAGUGAAAAGAAGUAUCAAUAUGACAGUGAUUCUAGCCAGAGAAAACACCGUGGGAACCAGAAGGAAUUGGAAAAUGACAGACACAGGGAUGAGGCUAAUGUCAAAAGACACCGUCAUAAACAUCACAGCCACUCUGAAUCUGGUUUGGAACCAAGUUCAUCCAGAGACCAGAAAAGGCGGCAUAAAGAGAAGGAAUCCAGCCGCAGUUCCAGGCAUUUGAAGCACAAGGUUAAAUCCACCGAUGACCAGCUGAGUAAUGACAGAUGGGAGAUGUAUGAUGGCUUGGACGAGAACUGGGAAGAGGACUAUCAACAUCAUAAACGCAAGAGACUACACUAGAACAUUGGAAACUUCUACUGUGUUCUUACCUUGGGAGCUUCUGUUUAGCACAUGGGUGCACCAGACAGCAGAAGAUACUGAGAGAUAGCUACAACAGAAUUGUCUUUUAAGGUAAAUGUGUAUAUGAGACAAAUAUCAUUCCACAUGGCCAAUCCAUCUGGUACCUUUAUCGCUUCCCAUUUACUUUUCUUGAUUGAGAUAUUUGUACCAACUACCAAGUUGGUUUGCUAGUUACAUUUUAUCUUUAUUCCUUCACCUAGAAGCUAUGGAGUUAUUUAAGAUGCAGUGGUUGUUUUGAAAACACAAAGUUUAUUCAGAUCUAAUGUUAAUUGUCUGCUGGUUUUGUUGAUACAGAUAUUGUACAGUGGUCGGCAUUUGGACAGUAAUAACAUGAUUAGCUUUUGUUAA